AAAAUAUAAAAACAAAAGAGAUUGCGAUGUCAAAAUAACUUUUCGAUGGAUUUGGGUAUUUUGGAUUAUUAUGGUAAUUUUUCAAAUAUAAAAUUCAUAAAUGCAGUUUUAAAAUGUCCACUAUCAUAAAAUUCGAUCUAAAGGAAUUACGAAAAUUGGCCAACGAUAAAGCGUCCUGCAUUGUUGAAAAGAAGGUUACCCAAAACCUGGCGUUGCAGCCAUGGUGUCUUGGAAACCUCAAAGAAUCUUUGAAGAACUUGCUGGAUUACAAAAUUGGGAAGUUUGAUAAAGAAUUUAACGGGAUCCUGCUCAGCUAUAAAAAUCUUCGUGUACUACAAAACGUUGGAACGAUAAGAAACGACAAUGCUGACAUUCAUUUUCAAGUACAAGCAGACUAUUUUAUAUUUCAACCAUAUGUAGGAGCUACUCUUAAAGGUGUUGUCAAUAAGAAGAGCUCUACACAUUUAGGAAUUCUUGUUCACAGAGUAUUUAAUGUGGUUAUACCAAGGCCAACAGAGCAACCGGGCAAUAAAUGGAUUGGAACAACUAUUCAAGAGGGCCAGGAAGUUGUAUUUCAGAUUGUGGUUCUUGACUUGUUUGGAGCUUUACCUUAUAUAAGAGGGGAGUUAGAUGAAAGAUGGAUAAAACAAGGCCCAGAUGGUGAUGAUGAAGUUGUAGAUUCAAAGUCACGGUCAAUGUGUGUGUCUUAUGUAAACUUUGAUAAGACAAAACCAAACAUUCAAAAACAAAUUGGAGAUGGACUACCACAUUCUUCUUCAAAGACAAAUUCAGUUUGUUCCAAAGCAGCAGAAACUACAAAACAAGUAAAAAAUAAUACAGUCAAUAACCAUGUGAAUGCUAAAAAUGUGGAAAGUGAUGUUAGCAUGACCGAAAAGAAUAAAAGCAAAAGACAGACCAAAACGUCAGAGGUGGAUCCCAAACAGAUGGACAUGAAUCAGAGAUUAUUUAAAAAACAUAGGAAAGAUAUAUAAAUAUUUGUUCCUAUUUGACCUGUCAAAAAUUUAAAAAGAUAUGAGUAUUUAAUUUUUAAUAAUAUACAUUUUUUAUUUGCUGUCUUGCAAA